AUGAUUGACAGGGGGGUUUUUUGUUUUGUUUUUUUGUGCCUGGAUCUUAAUUGCGGUUCUUCCUUCCAGAGGUUCCGGUUCUGCGGCGACUUGGACUGCCCGGACUGGGUCUUGGCAGAGAUCAGCACUUUGGCCAAAAUAUCCUCGGUGAAGCUUAAACUCAUCUGUGCCCAGGUUCUGAAGGAUCUUCUCGGAGAGGGGAUUGACUAUGAGAAGAUUCUGAAGCUGACAUCGGAUGCUAAGUUUGAGUCCGGGGAUGUCAAAGCCACCAUCGCGGUCCUCAACUUCAUCCUCUCCAGCGCUGCCAAGCAUAAUGUCGACAGCGAGUCUUUAUCCAGCGAGCUGCAGCAAUUGGGACUGCCGAAAGAACAUGCUGCGGGGCUGUGCCGAUCCUACGAGGAGAAGCAGAGCCCCUUGCAGGACAGCCUUAGAGGAUGCAGCCUGAGAUUGAACCGCUUGGAUUCCGUAUCCUGGCGAGUGGAUUAUACUCUUAGCUCCAGUGAGCUCCGGCAGGUCAAUGAACCCGUCGUUCACCUGAAGUUAAACGUGAGGGAUGUUGACAAAGGAGUCCUGGAACCGGUGGCAAUGACGCUAUCGGCCGAGAAGUUCCGCGUCUUACUCGCAGAGUUGAAACAGGCUCAGGCCAUUAUGAAAACGCUCGACUGAGGGGCGUCGCAG